CGCCCUCCAGUCCGAGCCGGGGGCGCGGCGGCGACGGCUGGGCAGCGGCUUUGGGCUCCGCGGGGACCGCGCCGCCGCCUCCGUGAGUUAUUCCCACGUCCCCCGGGGCUCGCUGCCGCCCCCGCCGGCGCCGAGAGUCCGGCCCGGGCCCAACUCCCUCACGGGCCCCCCGGCGGCGGCGGCGGCGGCGGCAGCAGCGGCGGAGCCCACCGCCCGGGCCCCGAUGAGUAACUCCCGGAAUAACCGGGUGAUGGUGGAAGGGGUUGGCGCUCGGGUAGUGCGCGGCCCGGACUGGAAGUGGGGGAAGCAGGACGGCGGCGAGGGCCAUGUGGGCACCGUCCGGAGCUUCGAGAGCCCGGAGGAGGUGGUGGUAGUGUGGGACAACGGCACCGCUGCCAACUACCGCUGCUCCGGGGCUUACGACCUCCGCAUCCUGGACAGUGCGCCCACCGGCAUCAAGCAUGAUGGAACCAUGUGUGAUACCUGCCGCCAGCAACCGAUCAUUGGCAUUCGAUGGAAAUGUGCAGAGUGUACAAAUUAUGAUUUGUGCACAGUGUGUUAUCAUGGAGAUAAACAUCAUUUAAGACAUCGCUUUUACCGAAUUACUACACCAGGAAGUGAGAGGGUUCUGUUAGAGUCUCGUAGGAAAUCUAAGAAGAUUACAGCCAGAGGAAUCUUUGCAGGUGCGAGAGUGGUGCGAGGAGUGGACUGGCAGUGGGAAGAUCAAGAUGGAGGAAAUGGACGUAGGGGAAAGGUAACAGAAAUCCAGGACUGGAGUGCAUCAAGCCCACAUAGUGCAGCAUAUGUCCUCUGGGAUAAUGGUGCUAAGAACCUUUACAGAGUUGGCUUUGAGGGCAUGUCUGAUCUGAAAUGUGUCCAGGAUGCCAAGGGAGGUUCUUUCUACAGAGAUCACUGCCCUGUGCUAGGUGAGCAGAAUGGCAACAGGAAUCCUGGUGGAUUGCAGAUUGGUGACCUGGUAAAUAUAGAUCUCGACCUAGAAAUUGUACAGUCUUUGCAGCAUGGUCAUGGAGGAUGGACUGAUGGAAUGUUUGAGACUUUAACUACAACUGGAACUGUUUGUGGCAUCGAUGAAGAUCAUGACAUUGUAGUACAGUAUCCAAGUGGCAAUAGGUGGACCUUCAAUCCUGCUGUUCUCACUAAAGCGAACAUUGUCCGAAGUGGAGAAGCUGCUCAAGGUGCAGAAGGAGGCACCUCGCAGUUUCAAGUGGGUGAUCUUGUACAAGUUUGUUAUGACCUGGAACGAAUUAAACUUCUACAAAGAGGACAUGGAGAAUGGGCUGAAGCGAUGCUUCCGACUUUAGGUAAAGUUGGCCGAGUACAACAGAUUUAUUCAGACAGUGAUUUAAAGGUGGAAGUUUGUGGAACAUCUUGGACAUACAAUCCAGCAGCAGUUUCCAAGGUGGCAUCUGCAGGAUCAGCCAUUAGCAAUGCAUCUGGUGAAAGACUCUCACAACUCCUGAAGAAAUUAUUUGAAACCCAAGAAUCUGGUGACCUCAAUGAAGAAUUAGUUAAGGCUGCUGCCAAUGGAGAUGUUGCUAAAGUGGAAGAUUUGCUUAAAAGACCAGAUGUGGAUGUAAAUGGGCAAUGUGCUGGCCACACAGCUAUGCAGGCUGCUAGUCAGAAUGGACAUGUUGACAUUUUGAAGUUACUUUUGAAGCAAAACGUGGAUGUUGAAGCAGAGGAUAAAGAUGGUGAUAGAGCAGUUCACCAUGCAGCUUUUGGAGAUGAAGGUGCUGUUAUAGAAGUACUACAUCGAGGUAGUGCUGAUUUGAAUGCUCGAAACAAGCGCCGACAGACACCACUUCAUAUUGCUGUCAAUAAAGGUCAUCUUCAAGUUGUGAAGACUUUAUUGGACUUUGGCUGUCAUCCCAGUCUCCAGGAUUCUGAAGGUGAUACCCCUCUUCAUGAUGCAAUAAGUAAGAAACGUGAUGAUAUCCUAGCAGUUCUUUUGGAAGCUGGAGCAGAUGUUACCAUCACAAACAAUAAUGGAUUUAAUGCUCUACAUCAUGCUGCACUAAGGGGAAAUCCCAGAAUUGUGGAAGAGAAUAUAAAUUUUCGCUAUAAGACCCUGAGUACUUUGGCUGUGGUUUAUAAAGUUCGGAGCAUUUUAAUUAGUUUUCAUGUUCUUUACUGUUUUCAUGUUUACUUUAACCAUUUAAAAUUUGUUCUUCUCGUUCAGGGUAAUGCAAACCUGGAUAUCCAGAAUGUGAACCAACAAACUGCCCUGCACCUUGCUGUUGAACGACAGCAUACCCAAAUUGUUAGGCUUUUGGUCCGGGCAGGUGCCAAGCUGGAUAUUCAGGAUAAGGAUGGGGAUACUCCUUUGCAUGAAGCUCUAAGGCAUCACACUUUGUCUCAGCUACGUCAGCUCCAAGAUAUGCAAGAUGUGGGGAAGGUGGAUGCUGCCUGGGAGCCAUCCAAAAACACAUUAAUAAUGGGACUUGGUACCCAGGGGGCAGAGAAGAAGAGUGCAGCAUCUAUUGCCUGUUUCUUGGCAGCCAAUGGCGCUGACCUGAGCAUUCGAAAUAAGAAGGGUCAGUCGCCACUUGAUCUCUGUCCUGAUCCGAAUCUCUGCAAAGCACUGGCAAAGUGUCAUAAGGAAAAAGUCAGUGGUCAAGUGGGUUCUCGGAGUCCUUCUAUGAUUAGUAAUGAUUCUGAAACCUUAGAAGAGUGUAUGGUGUGCUCAGAUAUGAAGAGAGAUACUCUUUUUGGCCCAUGUGGACAUAUUGCUACCUGUUCUUUAUGUUCUCCACGAGUCAAGAAAUGCCUCAUCUGUAAAGAACAGGUUCAAUCCAGGACAAAGAUUGAAGAAUGUGUGGUAUGCUCUGACAAGAAAGCAGCUGUUCUUUUUCAACCCUGCGGACACAUGUGUGCUUGUGAGAACUGUGCUAACCUGAUGAAAAAGUGUGUGCAGUGUCGAGCAGUAGUUGAACGAAGAGUGCCUUUCAUUAUGUGCUGUGGAGGGAAAAGUUCAGAAGAUGCCACUGAUGAUAUCUCAAGUGGGAAUAUUCCAGUGUUACAAAAGGACAAGGAUAAUACCAAUGUCAAUGCAGAUGUGCAAAAGUUGCAGCAACAGUUACAAGACAUUAAAGAGCAGACAAUGUGCCCUGUGUGUCUGGAUCGUCUGAAGAAUAUGAUUUUCCUCUGUGGUCACGGAACCUGUCAGCUCUGUGGAGACCGCAUGAGUGAAUGUCCUAUCUGUCGCAAGGCUAUUGAACGAAGGAUUCUUUUGUAUUAACUAAGACACAUGGUGUAUUUUGUUAGCUAAUGUAUCUAGUCAUGAGAUCUUAGUAGGCUUUUGAUCUAGUUGGAAGUUCUGAUGAGUUAAUUUCUAAUAUCAUAGUUUAAUUAGGCUGUAAUUAAACUAGAUUAUAAGUUUAAUUAGAGUAUAAUUAGGCUGUAAAUGUACCAGAACAAAAAACCCUACAAAACGGUGUUGGAAGUUGUGUUUUUUGUUUUUGUUUUAAAUUUGAAAAAUCAAAUUCAUGUAACUCGUAGGUAAUUUACCUUUGGCUUCUAAGAGGAAAGUCCUUUAAGGAUAUCCUUUUUUAAAAAAUUGCAUUUUUCUCUUACAAUUUAUAAAUCUGUUAGAUCUCAAAAGACAUAAUUCUUUGUGAUCAGUUAUCCUUCAUUUUAUCAUGGUUUUACACAGUGAGUUGAUACAGGUUCUCUGAAAAGUCAUGCAUCAAAUAAAAGGGGCAGGUCAAACCAUUAUGUCACAUGGUAAAUUAUAAAAUGACAGUACUUAAGUUCCAGAUAGUUAAGGGAAUACGAAGGGAUGAUUCUCUUUUUAAGAUAACAGGAAGUUAUCCACAUAUUUCUUUCUGAAUUCUGAGAGUAAAUGGAAGCAUAGAAUGAGGGAAUAAUGACUUUGCAUUUAUCUUACUUUCUAGAUUCAAAAGGAACAUUAACUUGAAUCAGAUUACCAGUUUCAAGAUGACUGAUAGACAGGAAAAGGAAAAAUAAGCAAUAAUAGUGGGCAACUGAAAAGAAAAAAAAAACAGAGGAGUAUCUAUUAACUGGCCACUAGCAGUUGCCUUUCCUAUGUUAAUUUAUACACUAUUUUGUUCAGCCAGUGUUUUUUAAAAAAUCCGUGAAAAGUGUACUUCAGGGUUUCUGUGAUUACUUAUCUGGGCUUGAGCUUGAUCUGAGCAGUGAAAUGACAUUGCCCUAUUUGGACCUCUGAGGUUCUAUUUAGCUUUGCUGAUGUACUGAAUAGUACCCCAGUGAUCUGCAAAAAAUAAUGCCUUUUCCAAAGGCAGCAGUCUUUUCUUCUUUGUAUCAGUUAAUUCUGACAGUGUUACUGAUUCUGUCUUCAUUAUAGGCCUUAUUUCCAUUAUCUCUUUCUUUAUAGUAAGUUUUACUGUAAAGAAAACAGUCUUUCUGUGUAUACCUACAGAUGAGGAUAUUAUUUAAACUGCCAACAAUAUCCAAGACAUGGUCAAUAAUCUAAUUAUAAGUACUUUAGAAAGAGUGACCAGGACAUUUAUAGAAAUGUCUGCUUACCUGUAGACUUUAAAAACAACAACAACAAACUUUAGAGCAUUUAAUCAUUUAUUUUUUCUCCUUUGAAUGAUCUCCUUUGUAGUCUUAUUGUCUCCUGAGUAAAUAUACACAUAAAUAAGUGGGCGUUCAUUGCUGCUAGACUAUAUCAGCUGUUUACAUAGUGUCUACUAUAUGCUGUUGAUAAGCUUUUUCCUAAAAAUAGUUAUCCUCUUUUGUAGUUUUUUUCCUCCUUUAAAUCUGGCUAGCUUUUCUUACUUCAGUUUUUGUAGAACACCAACUAAAUUUGAAAGUGUAAAGUCUCUAGCCCUCAUCACACUGUUUCUGGCUGUUUAAUCGUUGCUGCCUUUGCAAGUCCUGGUGAAAGCAAUGGGGAGCUUUGCUUGCUGGUUUUGUAGUCUCAACAAUUCCAUGUCUAUGUUUAGCUGAGUAACUGCUAUCAUUUAGAACAGUACAAUUUUUAUAGAUUUCAAAUUCGAAAAUUUGUAUGGACUCAGUUAUCUAAUAAGGGGCCACUGAGCCUGUUUUUAAAACUAUUUUGAAGUUAUAAAAAGGUAGACCAUCUGACUGAUGAUGUUCACAUAAAGAGACAGACAGACAAUCUUCUUGCAGACAUGAGAACAGCAUGUUAGGUUUUUCCUUUCCUUCCAUGCCAUGGGCUACCCAUCUCCGCUAGAUCACCUGGUGAGGAGGGAGCACCUGGCUGACUCCUGCAGAGUUUGGCCAGUCAGAAUUGUGUGGUCCCUAGCUCUACUUUCCUUAAACAAAUCCUUUCUGUUUUCUGGCUGCAAUGCUGAAACAGAUCCCUCAAAGGUGAUAGCAUCUUCCAGACUAGUUUAAUUAUUUCUUUAUAAGAAUAUGACAUACAUUUUUAUUAUAGAAAUAAUGUCAUUAUAAUUUUAGUGCUAGUACUUGUGGGUUUUCUGUAUUUGUAUCACCUUGAAAUUUGUUGUGUGAAUAGAAAAUACUUCUUUAUUCAUGUUUUCAAUCACCUAAAAAUUAUUUUACAUUUAUUUUGGGUUUGUGAGAGAUAGUAAGAUUAAGAACUUCAUCAUUUCAGUGACUUUCCUCCAACUCUCUGAAUCUGCUACCUCUUAUUAUAUGUCCCUUAGCAGUACUUUUCCAAUUAGGUUUGUUACCCUCCUCAUUAGCUAAACCUCUUUAUCUUGUGCCUCAAAAGAGCUUUUACUUUUCUUAGAAUCAUUUAAAAAAAAAAGAAAAAAACUGACACGCAUUCAUGCAAAAAAGUAUUUAUUGGGCUUCAGGGAUUAGAUACAUAACAGUGGAAAAAUGGCAUCUUAGCACACUCAGAAUUUAUUGUGCAGCAGUUGUGUAUUUUAAGGAAUCUGUAGUUAAAAGGAAGAGAUCCAAAGGUCCUGAUAACAUUUCCUGAUGUUUCAGAAGAGUUGUCAUUGAGUAGUGUUUGGAUUUCCUCUCUGUACCCCUCACCCUGCCAUUUUCUCCUUUAUUCUUCUAAGAUUGUUAGUGUUGUUACUCAAAACAUACACAUACAACAUACCAGAUGGUGCUAUUCUAAUGGUAUUUGUUCACAUAAUCUAACAUUCUUACUGCUUAUACUAUAUACAUAUUUAAUUUGUUGGGAGCAAGAAGGUUUUCAAGAAAAGAUAAUUUUGUAUUAGUGUAGGAAUAUAUUAGACAAAUGUUUAGCUGGCCAAAUUAUGCAUAAGAUAUUUGUAACUUUAAACAUUGCAAAUUGACCAGCUAGCUAUGGAAUCAUAAAAUUAAUUGAUAAUUCAUGUUGGAAAUACAUUUCUUAAAUUUAUAUUUUUAUGGCUUUAGCCCGUAAGAGCAUUUUAGCAUAUUGAAAUGCAUGCUGCUUAAGAUGUGUCUGGUUCAAAUAUGAAAGCUUGCUGGGUCAUUUUUACAUAGCAGAAACAUAUUAUGUGUUGCCCAAUUGCUGUUUGUCUAUUCUGAAUUUUGGACCGUUUUUGGACUAGGAAUUAGUUAAAUUCAUGAACUAAGAGAAUUAUAGAUGGGGUAGAGUAGGAUCAGUACAGUGGGGUUACAACAGAUAGGAAAGGAAAGUCAGCAUUUGAGUGUAGAGAAAAAAAGAGGAUCAUGUAGAUGUCAUGUAUAGGCUUUAAUACAGCUUGCUUUUUUUUAAUCCAAAAGGAAAAGCACUUAUCAGAAUGUCUACCAUGUUUUAUAGUAAUAAUUUGUGUAAAAAAUUGAAUUUUUGAAUAGUUUUUUUGUAUUUUUUGUGAUGAAAAACUCAAAACAUAAAAUUUACCAUAUUAACUGUUUGUAAAGUAUACAGUUCAGCCAUGUUAAGUACAUUUACAUUGUUGUGAAACAUCUCCAGAACUUUUUCAUCUUGCAAAACUGAAACUCCAUACCCAUUAAACAACUCCUCUUUUUGUCUUCUCCUCAGUGGAAUAGAAUUUUGACUCCAUAUAAAUCAAGAAACAUCUAAAUUCUUUAGUUGUUUGUGUUUGCAGUAUCUAAGAUCAUGGUAAACACUAAGUUCUGAAAAUUUUUGGGAGGGCCAAUGUACCUCUCCUCUGAAUUGUUAGCAAUUAAAUUGAGUAGGUUUUAAAUGUCUGUUAAUUGGAAGGGUUUGUUACUUCAUUUUGAGCCAGAGGGGAGAGGCACAUUUUAAAUAUCAGAAUUAGAUUAACUUUGAGUUUGUACUAAAUUGGGAACAUAAAAGAUUUUCAUAAAUUAUGUGUGCCUUGUUGGAAAUGUCAACUGUCUUUAUGUCUGCUUGUAAAAGUUUCAAAGUAUGUUUUCCCUCAAAAAGGCAAUGUUACUUCAUUUGCUUGAUUAUGAUAGGAAUGCUUACUGAUAUUACUUGAUAGUCAUAUAUAACCUAGGAACUUUAACAUAUAUAUAACUAUAGCAGUAUUAAUAAUGAUAGUUGUACUUCUUUAAAACAUUAAAUUUGAGGAAACUUUAAUGCUGUCUCAUGUACAUUGCUUUACUACAGUGAGGGGGAAUAUCCUUUAGAUUGAGCCUCAAUUUACUGGUUAGUAGUAUGUGAAACUCUGGUAUAAAAACGUGAACUAGACAGUAGAGCCGAUGAAUUAAAAUUGUAAGUUGCUACAUUGGCAUUUUCUACCUCCUUUUCUGUCAGAGUAUUACUUUUUCCAGCAUUUAUACUUAUUUGUGAGGAAAGAGGAAAUGGGAACCUGAGGUUAAAAUUGACGUUUUUGUUUCAUUGAGAAUUUAAGCGGUAGGUACAGGAGAAUUGACUUGUCACAUUAAUUUGGUGCCUAAAUCCGUAACUGCAAGUUAUAAUUGACAAGUACAAAAUGUCUAAGAAAGGUCAUAUGCUGAAUAUUUUACUUUUCCUGUAUAGUCUGCAUGAUUUGUUUCAUAAACCCAGCUUAUUUCCUCCAAAAAGCAAAAUGGUCCUGUAAUUUUUAAAAUAAAAUAAACAUGCCGUUUUGUCUGUAAUCUAUAAUUUCAGGAAGUUAUUGAAAGUUCUGACUCAGGGCUUUUUAAGAGUUCAAGCAGUUGUCAGUUGUAUUUUGGAAGCUCCAUCUGUGUAAUUCUUCAGUGCCUUGAAAGAAUUAUUAACUUGGCAACACUAUUAAAACUUUAUAAAAGAUGGUCUUUAGUGCAUGUGUAUCAUUAUAUACACGUUUUAAAGUCAUAUUGCUUAGCUUGUUGUUAAUGAUUCUGCAUGUGUGCUGGGUUUGGGUAAUUCUUUAAAGGAAGUUUUCUAGAUUUGCAAUUGAUGUUUGUUUUUUAAAAACUGAUUAUUUAUGGCCAUGACACUGUUACCAGAAAAGUAAUUCUAAUGAAGUUAUUAUGCAAAGUCAUCUAUAAGUAGUGUCUGGGAAGAGGAGUCGAGGUCACAGUUGGCUAUUUUAGAAUGAAAGGAGGAUCUGUUUGGGAAACAUAGAUUGUCUUCCCCUCAAAUGAGAGAAAAACAAAAAGACCUUUUGUUCAAAUGGAUUCUGUUUUAAAAAAAUAUUUUUAAAGGAAAUCACAAAUUGCAUGUCAUUCUUAAUGCUAGUCUUACAGACUAAAUCCCUAAAAUUGUUUUUAUGUUCAGUAUGUUUGUGUCAUUGUAAAUGCAGUAUAUUCGAUGAUAGCAGUUCAAUUGACUCAUAGCAGUGUUUUGUAUUUUUUUCAAUUGUUUAGCUUUCAAUAUUGGAUUAAAGCCUUGUUUGUGAAUAUAGUUUCUGUAUGGCAAAUGAUUCUGCUUAUUAGCUUUUGUUAAAGAAUGCUUAGUAAGAGCUAAGCUUUUAAAAGUAAUGCAAACAUUUGUCAUUAAUAAAACCUAUGGUAUAAUAUCAUAUAAUGCUUUGAUCUUUUGAGAAUUAUUCUUUUAUAGUAGUAUACAUGAAUUUUGGUUUUUAAAGCAUUGAAAAAAUCUUAAUACAUUAAAAAACUUGUUAUUGUUAAAAAGGAAAUUACCAUGCCUUUAAGAAACAAGGAUGUACAUCUUCAACUCAGCCUAAGUGUCCACAUCUAGAAGGCUCUCCUUGCAAUGGUUUACAAUUAAGGUACCUCUAUCUAAAGGGCCAAAGAAGCUUUUCAUAUUUUAACACCUCACAUUCUUCAGGAUUAAGACAUAUGAAAAUAGUCUGAAUAGGAUAAAUUUGAUAGGAAGUAAAUUGAGCAGUCUGGAAGAUUCCUCUUUUUCUAUAAAAAGAUGAUUCCUCUUCACAACUCAGAUGUAGAUUUCAUUUUCAAGAGGUAGACAUUUUGAAGCAGUGAUCUAUUUGGUUUUUAGUUUUAUGAGUAAAUCAUUAAUUGUAUGCUUUGGGGUUGUUUUAUUUUCCAUGUUAAUAUAAGCACUUAUUUCUGAAGUUAGUGAGAGGUCAUCUAGCUCCAGUUCAAAAGAUUAUGUGUAUCUGAUGUUUAAGAGGAAAAACAUCUGAAAAAAGAUCUUUUGUUUAUUUGAUAAAAGCAUAUAUAUUCCAACAUUAAAAUUGUGAAUUUAUUUUGAGUAACCUCUAAUUAACUGUAUUUUUUUGUUUCUGUUGCUGUAUAAUUAGAAAUUUCAUGGCAAUAUUUUUUACUAAAUUGAAACUGUAUAGGUUUUAAAAAUAAAGAUGUUUUAGAAAA